GGCUCUGCGCUGUUCAUCCCAUCCCAUCCCAUCCCAUCCCAUUGAGAAGAGAAAAAUAAACAUUUAUUAUUAUAAAAAAUCGUGUGAAGAAGAAGAAGAAGAGGAAGAAGAAGACGAAGAAGAAAAGAAAAGAAGGGAGACCUAGCUUAGCCGCCUCUCUCUAUAUUAUAUCUCUAAGAGGAGUUUCUUCACUGCUUUUGUAUUCAAUCUCCGGAUUCUCACCAGUUCUCUUUUGAUUCGCGAUCUUUCUUCCUGUGGAGUUUUUGAUUCGAGACUUUUGAGGGGCACUUGUUUGUUUAAACUUUUAUCAUAUAAAUCCGAGGAACGAAGAAGUUGUGAAGGCGGGUCGUUUGAUAAACGAUAAGAUUUGUUGUGUCUGUUGGAAGGAGUUUUUUUUGAUCUGAUCUGAUCUGAUCUGAUAUCUUCGAUGGCGGUUUUGGUGGUUUGAGUGAUUUGAUUAUUAAAAGUUAUUUUUUGGUCGACAGGUGACGAUUACACCGCACUAAAAGAUUUAUGAACCUACGUGGAUGGGACUGCACUAAAAGUAUGACGAGCAUUGGCAGUGUUGAGGUUAAGGCUACCAUUGAUACUGGUCUUCCUUGGAAAGUUGUGGCCAAAGGUAGUAGGAGUUCGACUAGGCGUACUAAGAAACAAGUUGCACGAGCUGCAGCCCCAGAUAUUGAGGCAGAUAACAAAAGUUCCGCUCGUACAGCACCAGAAGGGGAUUCAGAAUCGGAAAAGCUUGGCGUUUCUGUUCUAGGCCAGCAUUUCGCUGAAAGAGUAGAGCAUGUUCCAAUUAAGAAACGGAGGUUUAUGGUUCCCCCUCCAUCAUCUUUGAAAAAGUCCUCUGCUCGUGGCCAAGGCUCCCAGCAUCGUGCAGAGAUCAACCAUGCUCUGCCUGUUUCUAGGUUGAACCCUAAUCUUAUGGGACGGAAAACAGAAGAAAUCUCCGAUGAUAAGCCCGAUUGCACCAGUCAUGACUUCUCUGGUAUUAAGAUACUUGCAGAAGUUGCUUGCGGUAGUGGUAUGAGUAGUGAUAUUGCAUCCCUAGUAGACGGUCAGCCUGUUGAACCUGUUCAGCAGCAAGAUGGUUUGACCUUAUCUGCUCAUGUGGAAGGUAAUGAUUCAUCAUCUGGCACUGUUGAUGUCUCUGGGAAAGAUACUACGAUUGAAUCCAGUGACAAAGUUGGGGAAGGCAAGAGCGAAAUCAUAGUGCCUCAAAAAGUUCUGAUUGAUACUUUGGGUAAUGCUUCGACUGCUGAUCAGAGUGAAGAGCAUCAUAGUAUAGUAGCAUCUAGUGGUACGAUAGAGGCUCAGAACAUCAGCAUUGCUAUUUCAAAUGAAUCCUCAACAGAAAGGCCAAAAGAAACUAUGGAAGCAGAUGAUAUGGGAAAUUUAGCACCUCAGAGUGAAACUGCCACUGUGUCAGAGAAUUUAUCUGAUGAUGAGCGCACUGGAAAGGGUAAGAGCACUGAAUGCCUUACAGAUGAUAGAUUACACUGGGAUUUAAAUCUUCCAACAGAUGCGUGGGGUCAACCUUGUGAUGUAGUUGAUAAAGUAACCCGAAGAUAUUCUGAUGGAGAAGUCACUGAAUCUGUUACAGAGAAUGGACAUGUUGAUGGUGGUAAGGACUACGCGGCAGGCCUGAUUGCAUCAGAUGUGCACAUGAAUUCUCCAUCACCGUCUGGGGCAAAGGCUGAAGCCUCUACUCGAAGUGGGAAGGAAUGCCAAUCUGGUUAUGAUUCCCAGUUUGAGGAUGGAGAGUUGAGGGAACCUUACCCUUGGGAAGAAAACGAGGGUGAUAGUGGAGAUGUUGAGCAAGUGGAUUAUGGCUCUGAGCCAGAGAAUGAGCGAUUCUACUCUUUGGCUGAAAUUAAUGAGAAUAAGCUAGAGGACGUUGAGAAGGGAAUCUUGCCAGAGACAAAGUGUGUAGCUGUCAAGUGUGAUUCUGGCAAUGUGCGUGAUAAAGGUAGUGAUGUAGAGAAGCAUGUAGUGGUUUGCAUGAAUGAUUCUCAUUCCAAAGGAUCUUCUCCGUCAAGGAGCUUCGGGUCAAAACAAUACAAAGAGUUACCCUCACAUGAAAGUAUCCAAAGGAGAAGGCCUUAUAAUUACGAAGAGUCAAAUGAGAGGGACGUUGGUCCAAAUAAAUUCGGGAGAGACAGAUCAGGGAUGCCUAUGCGAAGCAGAAGUCCUGUGAGAGGACAAUAUGGCGGCUGGAAUACCAAGCGUCGCUUUUCCCCACCUAAUUACAAAGGUGGUCCAUACGGUUUUGGACGUCCGCGUCAUAAAACUGCUGAGGAUGACCGAGUUAUGAUGAAUGGCUUUGAUCAGCCAGGUCCAGGUCCAGGCCCACAUGGCUAUGUACGUCGGCAGUUCUCAAAUGGAGGAUACCGGGGUCGGUUCAGAAGGUUCCCAGAUGGUGGCGGGAAUCGGGAUUUCAGAGGCGUAGAUCGUCCCUUCCCUCCGGGUGAUGCUAAUGACUAUCCAAGUCGCAUGCACAACAACCGGAUGAACAAUAGGAGAGACAGAAGCAACUCACCUCCUGUCUUCAGGAGAAUGCAUGAUCCCCAAUCACGGUCCAGGUCUAGAAGCCGUUCCCCAGGCUCAUGGAACGGGCGGAACAGAUCUCCUCCUGGGUUCAGGGGCGAUGAAAACAGGAUGGAGAGAGUGAGGAUGCCGUUUCAGAAACGGUUUCCGGUGGAUCAAGAGAUGGGAUUCAUGUCGCCGCCAAGAAACCAGCGAAACUCAAGGUUUUUCGAUGGCAGAAACAAUGAUGGUGGUGGGGAGAAUCAUCACAACAACUUGAGGGGAAGAAAAUCCCCGCCAGGAAGGAGUUUUAGACCAGAGCAAAGAUUUGACAAUAUUAGAAGGGUGAAUUCGGAAAACAAUCACUUCAGACCAUUUAUGCGCCAUAAUAAUAACAAUAGGAGGUUUGUUGAUGGUGGGGCAAGUCGAGGAGGUGGGUGUAAAUAUGAUGAGGGAGCGGAGGAGGAGAAGAUUGGGAACAGGUAUGAGAUGGUGCACCGGCCUCCUCAUCCGCCUCGGCGUUUGGAGGCAAUGGAAGAUGACGGUGAUAACAUCCGACGGUUCAGAUUAAACGCAGAACAACAAAAACAACAACAUUCUGUUGUUUCCAUCAACAAUGACAACAAUGGAGCUUCAUAACACAAUAAGAUUUAACAGUUUUUGGGUUUUGGUAGAUUCUCUUUUUCAUCUUUUGGUGUUUGGGUCAAAACCAGAGUUUUAGGGAUGUAGAAGAUGCCUGGUGAUUAUGGUGGUUUUCUUCUGGGUUAGGGCUUAGAGUUUUCCUCAAGAGGACUUCUAGAUUUUGUUGCUGUGUUUGUUCACUGCUCUCUUUCUUUUCCUUUCUUGGAAAGUAGUUUUUGUAGAAGAAACAAAAUGAAAUCUUUCUGCAUUUUUUUUGUUUUUUUCGGCCAAAGCUUGGAUGCUACGGCCUUAUCUUCCAAAAUAAAUGAUCACGUGUUGUUUGUGACGACGUA